UGAAGAAGAUCAUGUUGAGGAAGACCAUGUUGAGGAAGACCAUGUUGAGGAAGUGGCUGUUGAUGAAGAGCCUAUGCCGGUUGCGAAGAAGCAAAGCCGUUCCAGAAAGGGACGUGUUGAAGCCGCUGAGACUCCAAAAGACAAUUCAUUGGGAUAUGAAGCGUUGAUCGAGGAAGAACCUAUUCUGGGUCCCAAAGGCGACAAUGUCCGCUUCUCGCUCACUUGGAAGGAAAAGGAUGGAACUCGAUGGAUGAUCGCGCCAAUCAUUCUCCCUGAACACGUGGAGGCUUCAGAGGCAAAUGACAAGCGAUUCAUGAGAAAGCGUAUCUGGUGGUCUAGAUAUUCGCAACAAUGCUGGUCAAUCCGUCGGAUCCAGAAAACCUAUCGCGAAAGGCAAUUCAAAAUCGGAAACCUUACCUAUCUCAAGUAUCAUCUUGUCGAUGAGCGAAAAGCCAGAACUUAGCGUCUUCCUUGAGCACUGGGAAGACUUGACGGGGGAGGAAAUUUCGGUCGGUGGCCGCACAGUUGCCUAAAAUCAGGCAGAUCCUUUCUUCCCGGAGUCAAUUUUCGAAGCAUCCUGACCGCGCUCGAAGACUGCAAGGCGUUGCUGGGCAUCAAUGUUAUUCAUAUUGGUAGCGGAACGGUGGGUGAGGAGGCUAGCC